AGAAAGAGAGAGAGAGAGAGAGAGAGAGGACCUACGUAAAGGCCAUUUUUUUUAUAGCUUUUAUAUAUGCAUGUGGGUCUUCGAUCUCUCCGGGCAAUGUUUUCUUUUUUGUUUUUUUUUUCUUUUCCUGACUUCUGGGAAUGGAAUAGCAAAGGUCAUGGUCAGCAGCAAUGGCAGCGGAAUGGUUAAGAAGAGCAGCAAGGAGGAUCUGGUUUGAAAGUAUUUCAAUGGCAGAAAUGAAAACUGAUUCGAGGAGGAAAAAACCCAGUUGCUCAGAUCCUCUCGACAACUAGCAGAUUUAUUUUUAUUUUUUCUUUCAAUUUGUGAUGAAUCUAAUACAAAAUACCCUCAUUUUUCUCAUCAUUUUUUAGUCUGGUAUUUUGAUGGUAAUUAUUCCUAGUUCAUGGGGAAAAACCGGGUGUAUUUUGGAAUUUUAAUCUCUUAAUUUUUCAAAUCCCGCCCAGCACCCCAAAACGUGACUUUCUCUUCGACAGAAACUUUCCGUUUGAGUUUUUCCCGUAGUGGAUUCGUGCGCCAAAGGGUAAACAAAAUCGACUGUCUAUAGAGUUUUCCUUCUCUGGGUGAGGAUCUUUCCUUCCCGUCUUGAUCUUCUUUCCUUUCUUUUGUUUUUUUUAAACAACCGUUGACUUCUGCCACAUUAGCAGCGACGUACGCAUAUUUCGUCCACAAAGUCGUCUGUACGUAGUAUUGUUGUUAUUGCAGAAAGCGGAGGUUACUGGUCAUCAUGAACAUGGUAUCCAGUUUCAGAAUCAAAGUUAUCCAAUUCUUGGAAAAAUGGCGGUCAUGGGUGAAGACGACAACAUUCAGAAUACGAGUUUUGGCAUGGGCUCACAAACUAGUGGAGUUCGCGAUGUGGGACAUUAUGACAUAACUUAACAGAAAUCUGGAAACUUGGCAUUACCCACUCUGCGGCCAUUAUAAACGGGUUCAAAGGUGAGAAGCCAUAAUGCCUAUAGGCAUGGCCUUCUUUGUAGACGCUUUCAUGGGUGAAUAUUGGAUGCUCUUGCUUUCCAGUCUUGCCUAUAGCUGUGGGGUAGGCAUCUUGGCAAUAUCAGCACUACAGUUACUUUCCAAAUCUGGAACAAACGCAUGUCCUGCAUGGUUGCGCCCAAACUGUAUCAGUGAUCUACAGAAGUUUCUAUUCUUUAUGGCGUUAACCCUCAAAGCCCUUGGGGUAUGUGGUCAAACUGCAUCCUUGAAUUCUUUCUUGGGACGACAAAGCCAAAACCAAACACCGACUGAUAAAGAUGAUGAUCAGAAAAAGAAAAGGAAAAGGCCAGGGAAGUUCGGACGCAUACUCGGAAGAUGCGUAAUUGUGUUACUUGUCAUCCUUGCAAUUAUUGUACUUUCAUACAUACCAUGGUAUGUCCAAUUUGGAAUACCGGCAAUAGGGAUGGUAGUGGCAACCCUUCUGUUCAUGAGUAGCACAUCUUCAUACAAACAUGCUGCACCGCAGGUGGGUCUUCUCACAACUGUCCGUAGAGUGUUGGUAUCUUCGGCUUCAAUGAUAUUUUGUCGCCUCCCACAACAUUCUAAUAGAGUCUACGAUAAUCAUCAACCUAGUCGUCACUUUGUGCCUCGCACCCACUCCCUCAGGUCCUUUGUCAAGGAUGUCGUUAUCGUCCAAAUUCAAACUCCAGAUGAAAAAGCAGAACACAUUAUCAAAAGAACAGAAUUAGAGGACGCCAAAAUCUUUGCACGCAUGAUACCUUUGUGGAUUACCUUCAUUAUGUGCGGGGUCGUGAGUUCCAUAGGUGACACUUAUUUCUUGGAACAAGCAAACAACAUGCAGGAUGUCGUUGGAGGAUUUACGGUCCCCUCUUUUAUAUUACUAGUCUUCCAUAGUAUUACAAAAUUUGUGUUCAGCAAACUGUUUGCAGUGGUUGCUAAAAAGUUAUUUGAAAAGGGACUUGGAAAAUCUAUAUUCCCCAUUGGAGUCAUAGCAGCAAUGUUAUUUUCUGUAGUAUGUUGUGUCAUUGCUGCAGAAGUUGAGACGAGGAGGCUGGACUUGACCGAGGAUCGACCUGACGCGAAAAUCCCAAUGAGCAUGUUUUGGCUUCUUCCACAGUAUUUCUUUCUUGCUGCCAUUGAUGGAAUAUCUGAUUACCUUUGUGGUGACCUUGAGAUAGUCUCUGGCUACAGCAUUGCUCGCUUUUGUAUCGCUCCAGAGUACUCUUCCUCCGUAAGCUUCUACUUGAGACUUUCUACCAAUGCUGCAUUUGGAUUAGGACCCAUAGGCAGUGUCAUUUCAGUUCAAGCGGCGGGUAAGUUCAGCGAAAUUGGAAGGAGUUCAAGUUGGUUUCAGGAAACACUGAAUGAGAGUCAUUUGGAUUAUUACUAUCUGACUCUAGCAGCGUUGUCAUCCAUAAAUCUUGUGUUGUGCAUCUUGGUGUCAAUCUGGUACAUCUGUCAACACCUUAAGGCGACGAUUGGUGAACUGUUUACGACCGAUUCGAUAGUCAAGAAGCUGCUUGGCACCAUUUUUUCCUUCCAUAUUUCAUUAAAUUAGAUGUACAAACUCAAGUAUAUAUGAAGCUGUGUUUUCUGGUACACUUGUAAUCUUACAUGAGCGGUGCUACUCUGCCCGUUCAG